GACCCAAGUGCGCCUGCGCGCGACGAUCCCCAUUCUUGUCCUUCAGGCUGCAUUCCGGGUGGAGAGAGAGGGAGUGAUAGAAGGACCGAUAGGAGCGGCUCGAGGCCAUAAACGGGAUAUAUACGCAAAUAAAAGCGGAGCUACAUGUCCCAGUAGCGGGAAAUGGACCACUCGGGACAGAUGCAGGAACGAGACAUGGAGCCCUAAGCUAACCCUCUCCAUCCAUCUCCUUUUACCGCCUUGCUCGCCAAACCCAGCCACCCCCCGCCCCCCGCUGUGGUUUGGUUCCUCCUAGGGAAGAAGAAGGAAAAUAACCCAAGUAGGAUCUAAUAGUAAACUUUCCCCAGCUGCUGUCCAGACACACACAUGCUGCAUUGCUACCAUUCCCAAAUCCCUGCUGCGUCUAUCCCGGAGGCACAGCCUCUAGCAGGCUAGCUAGCAGCUGGCAUUAGCACCGGUCCAGUCCUGAGGGAUAACAGUGUGUGGUGAAUCUCCACAGUCCGAGUCUGAGCUGUGAUUGUUGCACGUUGUAGAGGCAGGUGGAGCGGGGGCGCCGUGCACUUCACAGGUCGGGAUGAUGGAGCCCAGCAUGGAGAACUGCCUGGCCCAGGUUCUGCAGAAGGACAUGGGCCGACGGCUGCAGGUGGGUCAAGAGAUCAUCGAUUACAUUCUGGACCAAGAAAAGUCCCACGACUUGGAGCAAGACCAGACGGCACUGGACAAGAUGGUGGACGGCAUCGCCAGCUCCUGGGUCAACUCCAGCAACUUCAAGGUGGCUCUGCUCGGUUUGGACCUCCUAUCUGCCUUAGUGACGAGGUUACAGGACAGAUUCAGGGCUCAGGUGGGAACAGUUCUGCCCAGCCUUAUCGAUCGAUUAGGAGAUGCCAAAGACCAAGUUAGAGAACAAGACCAAAGUCUGCUGCUAAAGAUCAUGGAACAAGCUGCCUCUCCACAGUACGUCUGGGACCGGAUGUUAGGAGGCUUCAAACAUAAAAACAACAGAACCAGAGAAGGAGUGUGCCUUUGUCUCAUCACCACACUGAACACAUAUGGAGCUCAAGGCUUGACCUUAAGUAAAAUAGUUCCUCAUAUAUGUAACCUGCUGGGAGACCCAACUAGUCAGGUUCGAGACGGAGCAAUCAGCUGUUUGGUGGAGAUCUACAGACACGUGGGAGAGAGGGUGAGGCUGGACCUCAGCAAGAAAGGCAUUCCCCAGUCAAGGUUAAAUGUAAUCUUCAGCAGAUUUGAUGAAGUCCAAAGAUCCGGGAACAUGAUCCCAUCCUCGGGCUCAGAUAAGAACUUUGAGGAUGAAGACUCUGUGGAUGGAGGCAGGUCCUCCUCGUCCUCGUCCUCCAAAGUGCCCCCUGGUGGACGGAGGACUGUGAUGAGCUCUGCUAGAAGACCCAGUUCAGCUUCUUCUACCAAGUCCACAGGUAAAGAAGCGGCUGCUGGAGCUGUCGAUGAAGAAGAUUUCAUGAAAGCCUUUGAAGACGUGCCCUCGGUGCAGAUCUACUCCAACAGAGAGUUGGAGGACCAGCUGACGAAGAUCCGAGAGGUUCUGUCUGACGAUAAACACGACUGGGAGCACCGGGUGGUCGCGCUGAAAAAGGUUCGUUCUCUUAUGUUGGCCGGAGCUGCUGAGUAUGAAGGUUUCCCUCAGCAGCUGCGCCUCCUGGAGGCCGCAUUCAAGCUGUCCGCCAAGGAUCUGAGGUCUCAGGUGGUCCGAGAGGCCUGCAUCACCCUGGGACACCUGUCCUCGCUGCUGCGGAACAAGUUCGACCACGGAGCGGAGAGCGUCAUGCCCACUCUGCUGAACCUCGUGCCCAACAGUGCCAAAGUCAUGGCCACAUCAGGAAUGGCUGCUAUUCGCCUCAUUCUCAGGCACACACACUACCCCCGCCUCAUCCCCAUCAUCACCAGUAACUGCACCUCCAAAUCAGUGGCAGUCAGACGACGCUGUUAUGAGUUCCUCGAUCUGAUGCUGCAGGAGUGGCAAACAAACACACUGGAGAGACACGUCGCCGUUCUGACAGAGACCAUCAAGAAAGGGAUCCAUGAUGCUGACUCCGAGGCCCGAUCCAUCGCCAGAAAGUGCUACUGGGGUUUUCAUGGUCACUACAGCCGGGAGGCGGAGCAUCUGUUCCAGGCGCUGGAGUCCACCUAUCAGAAGGCUCUGCAGUCGUACCUGAAGAGUUCGGACAGCAUUGUGUCUCUGCCUCAGUCGGAUCGCUCGUCUUCGUCCUCACAGGAGAGUCUAAACCGACCGUUACCGGUGAAGAGCGUCAUCAGCGGGAGCAUAACCAGAAGUAAACUGGUGGGUACCAGGGUCUCCACAACACCGGGCUCUCUCCAGCGCUCCCGCAGUGACAUCGACGUGAACGCCGCCUCCAGUGCCAAGUCGCGCCUGUCCACUGUCCCCGCCUCCUCGCCCUUCAGCUCCGCGUCCACCCUCCCUCCGGGGUCGUACGCCUCGUUAGGUCGUGUUCGUACUAGAAGACAAAGCUCAGGCAGUGUGGGCGGGGCCAGUCCGUCUGUGGUGGACAGCAGGGGGCGGAGUCGAGCCAAAGUGGUGUCCCAGUCCCAGCGAUCCAGAUCAGCCAAUCCCAUCAGUGCUGGGAGUCGAUCCAGUUCUCCAGGGAAGCUGCUGGGAAGCGGCUACGGUCGGAUCCCCCGAGCCACGGUGUCUGUCUCCAACACGCCCACAGACAAACGCAGCAGAAUUCCACGGAGCCAGGGCUGCAGCCGGGAGACCAGUCCCAACCGCCUGGGCCUGGCCCGGAGCCGCAUUCCCCGUCCCAGCAUGAGUCAGGGUUGCAGCCGCGACACGAGUCGCGAGAGCAGCCGUGACACCAGCCCUGCUCGGGGCUUCGCUCCUCUGGCCUCCCGACGUCACUCCCGCUCCACCAGCGCUCUCUCCACAGCAGACCCCCACAGCCAGUCAGACCGUUACGGUUUGAUCCACCAGGCCAGGAUUUCAGCGUCAGUUAACGCCAUGAGGGUUCUGAACACCGGCACCGAGGUGGAGGCGGCGGUGGCCGAUGCUUUGAGGAAGCCGUUGAGGCGUCGGUACGAAUCUCCUGGGAUGUACUCUGAUGACGACGCCAACAGCGACGCCUCCAGCGCCUGCUCGGAGCGCUCCUACAGCUCACGAAACGGAGGAAUCCCUCACUACCUGCGUCAGACAGAGGACGUGGCCGAGGUCCUGAAUCACUGCGCCAGCUCCAACUGGUCUGAGAGGAAGGAGGGCCUGCUGGGUCUGCAGAACCUCCUCAAGAGCCAAAGAAUACUCAGCCGAGUGGAGUUGAAGAGACUCUGUGAGAUCUUCACCAGAAUGUUUGCAGAUCCUCACAGUAAGAGAGUGUUCAGCAUGUUCCUGGAGACUCUAGUGGACUUCAUCACUGUGCACAGAGAGGACCUGCAGGACUGGCUCUUUGUACUGCUCACUCAGCUGCUUAAGAAAAUGGGUGCAGAUCUGCUGGGCUCUGUCCAGGCCAAAGUCCAGAAGGCCCUGGAUAUCACCAGGGAGUCUUUUCCAUUUGACCAACAGUUUAACAUCUUGAUGAGGUUUAUUGUGGACCAAACUCAGACUCCAAAUCUCAAGGUGAAGGUGGCCAUUUUGAAAUACAUUGAGUCUCUGGCUCAGCAGAUGGACCCAGCAGACUUCGUUAACUCCAGCGAGACGCGACUUGCUGUGUCCCGGAUCAUCACUUGGACCACUGAGCCUAAAAGUUCUGACGUCAGAAAGGCAGCCCAGGUGGUUCUGAUCUCCUUGUUUGAGCUCAACACACCAGAGUUCACCAUGCUGCUGGGAGCUCUGCCCAAAACCUUCCAGGACGGAGCCACCAAGCUGCUUCACAGCCACCUGAAGAACUCCAGCAACACCAGCAGCAACAUGGGGUCUCCCAGUAACACCAUCGGCCGGACGCCAUCACGCCACACCCCCAGCAGAACCAGCCCCCUCACCUCACCUACAAACUGUUCCCAUGGCGGUCUGUCUCCAAGUCGGUUAUGGGGUUGGGGGAUCGACGGGCUGUCCAAGCACCCCCCUGCCCCUCCUCCACCCCCUCCACCUCACUCCACCCCUGCUGCCCCCUCCCUAAGGGUCCUGCGCAGAGCGUAUUCACCCAGCAUGAUGGAGUACGACACAGAGAACAUGAACUCGGAGGAGAUCUACAGCUCACUGCGAGGAGUCACGGAGGCCAUCCAGAGCUUUAGCUACCGGAGCCAGGAGGACCUGAACGAGCCGGUCAGACGGGAGGGAAAGAGGGAUGAUGGCGCGGGGAGAGAAGGAGUAGCCUCGUCUCCUGGUUCUGAUUCCCGCGUGGGUUUAGAAAUGGUUGAAGGCAGUCGCACGGCUUUGGACAACAAGACGUCCCUGCUGAACACGCCGUCCCCACGCUCCUUCUCUGGACCACGGAGUCGAGAGUUUUCCCCGUACGGAUAUGGAGAAACCAUCUGCACCUACGACAAGAGCGCCCUGAAGGAGGCCGUGUUCGAUGACGACGUGGAGCAGUUCAGAGACUUCGGCUCGGACCUGGUAGCCGACCUGCUGAAGGAGCUGUCUAAUCACAAUGAGCGUUCUGAGGAGCGUAAAGGAGCCCUGGUGGAGCUGCUGAAGAUCACCAGAGAGGACAACACGGCGGUUUGGGACGAGCACUUUAAAACCAUCCUGCUGCUGCUGCUGGAGACGCUGUGUGACAAAGACCACACCAUCCGAGCUCUGGCUUUACGCGUGCUGAAGGAGAUCCUGAGGAACCAGCCGGCCCGGUUUAAAAACUACGCUGAGCUCACCAUCAUGAAGACUCUGGAGGCCCACAAAGAUUCCCACAAGGAGGUGGUGCGAGCGGCGGAGGAGGCGGCGUCCACGCUGGCCGGGUCCAUCCACCCGGAGCAGUGCAUCAAGGUUCUGUGUCCUAUCGUCCAAACGGCCGACUAUCCCAUCAACCUGGCUGCCAUCAAGAUGCAAACCAAAGUCAUCGAGCGCAUCACCAAGGAGUCUUUACUCCAGCUGCUUCCCGACAUCAUCCCAGGACUUCUGCAGGGCUACGACAACACAGAGAGCAGCGUUCGCAAGGCCAGCGUGUUCUGUUUGGUCGCCAUCUACUCUGUCAUUGGUGAGGAGCUCAAACCCCACCUGGCCCAGCUCACGGGCAGCAAGAUGAAGUUGUUGAACCUUUACAUCAAACGAGCCCAGACCACCAACAGCAACAGCAGCAGCUCCUCAGAUGUUUCCUCUCACAGUUAAUGUCUGCGGCGUGGGGCCCUGGUGGCUGAUUUACCCGAUCUGUUUGAUCCUCUCGGAGCUUCCUCUCCUCGUCAGAACUCCAGAAUCCCAUUCGUCCCGUAGUUCCUUCAUCCCUCACCUCCCUGCUGUUGUUGUUUUUAUGCGGGUGGGUGGGGGGUGUUACCUUCUCUUCCUGAAAAUGGACCGAUCGUGCUCAGAUCUGUUUGGUGGUACCGUGAGCUAACCGCAUCCCGGAGGAGGCGUUCUCAACUUGGAUGAGCAGGAAUGUCAUUUGGCUGGCCCAGUGAUGGAUCAAACCAACCAGGAACGUGUCUGGGAACAAAACCCAGACCGGACUAAUGGCGGCGCUCUGAAGAAUUGAUUGUCUUUUUUAGUAUUAUUAUUAUUAUUAUUUGUUAAUAAAAGUGGCUUAAAAGGUGAACUCCCUCCUCAGACUGACAGGCAAGUUCCAGCUGGACAAUCAUGCUGUCAGCUCUUCUCCUAAUCCACCAUCAGCAGAACUCCGAAGCUGCUCGGUCUGAGCAUGCUCAGUGGCUCCAUUUGAACAGGACGUCCCUUAUGACACAGCUGUCACUCAGAAAUGCCCCUGGGUGGGCGGAAUCCACAUAAGUUAAAGGUUUUAAAGCAGGUUGCAAUUUUACAAUCGCAGAUUAUUUCAGAUUUUCCAUUUUAAAUUCAGAUUAGAUAAAUCCGUCUGAGAAACGAAAGCAUUAGCUUUGUUCUGUGAUGGAGCAGAAACUUCCCUCAGUCCAAUCGCCCUGGGUGGUGAUGAAAAACGUCAAAUCAAACCAUCCAAUAAGAACGCAGACGGUUGCUCCCAUAAAUCUGCUUCGUUGAUAACCUGAUCAGGCAGAUUUAUUCACCUCAACUCAGAACCAACCCUGGAUUAUUUGUGACUUUUAACCCUCGCCUGGCACUCAGCUUUAGACUGGGACCACUGGGCUGUAACUGGGCUCUAGCAGGUUGGUUUUUGUACAUACACUUGUGGACCACAGCUUCACACUUUACUGAAUUCAGCAUUAGGUUUUUGCACGUGCAUGUGAGCAGCUGGUGAGGAGAUCCUAAAGUGCACUUGGUCUGGUCCGGCUCGAGCUGCAGAACACAGAGAAGCUUUCAUCUGCUGCAGAAACACACUUCACAAAUCUCUAGUUGCCAACUCUUCCUGGAGGGAUGAUCAGAUGAAUUCUGGGUGUGUUAAGUUGUUUGGGAAUGCACUGGGAUGGGGCCACUCCUGCGUAUUUAAGUGAAUGAAUGUACAGAUUUGUGUUGUAAUUAGUUUCCUGAGCAGCUUGCAGCCGUGCACACUCGAUCAGACUCGUUCUAGUCUGACCAGUUUAAUCUGAGCUAAAGUCACCAAACACAUUUAUGGUUCCUGUCUUGGCGAGCACGUUGAGCACGGUUUCUUUUUGUCUCCGCAAUAUCCAGACGUAUUUAUAUAUUUUAUUUAAUCCAGUUUUAUUCGGCUGUUAGGAUAAACUGUACAGAACGUUUUGUUAACAUCAGCCUGUGAUGUAAAGAACAUGUCUGCUCAGAAAUAAACGGACUGAAAACAGAA